CUCUUUUGUCUGUGAGAAGGUUGGCGUGAGUGUUGUUUGUGGCGUCUAUUGGCCGGCAGGGCGCGCUGGUGGGCUGCGUGACGUCACUCGGCGCUCCUUCUCUCAUCGGCGGCUGGGCUCUGGGUUCGGUGGUCGCCACACUCAACAAAACCAAGAUCAAGAUGAAUGCAGAGAAAUUAGCAAAGCUGCAGCAGCAAGUGCGCAUAGGUGGUAAAGGCAGUGCACGAAGGAAGAAGAAGGUUGUCCACCGCUCCUCAGCUACUGAUGACAAAAAACUCCAGAAUUCACUCAAGAAAUUAACGGUCAACAAUAUUUCUGGUAUUGAAGAAGUGAACAUGAUUAAAGAUGAUGGCUCUGUGAUACACUUCAACAAUCCCAAGGUUCAGGCAUCUCUCAAUGCCAAUACAUUUGCUGUAUCUGGUCAUGCAGAAAGCAAACAGAUUACCGAGAUGUUGCCAGGCAUCUUGAAUCACCUUGGAGCUGAAGGGUUUAAUCAGCUUAAGCGGCUUGCUUCAUCUGUUAGUGCCGGAAAUGUAACGGCCAGUGGGAUUGACGAGGAUGACGACGAUGUACCCGAACUUGUCGAGGACUUUGAAGCUGCAAGCAAGACAGAAACAGCUGACAUGGGGAAAUUAACAGCACCAAGUCUGGGGCUAGUUAUAGAGGAUAUAAAGGAGGACCUUGACGAUGUGCCAGAACUAAUAGAAGCUGGACAGGAGAGUAUAGCUAUGUCUAUCCCAACAAAGGAAGAAAAGGCUGAAAAUGAAGCCUCUCCUAAGGAUGAGGCUAAGAAGGAUAUUCCUGUUAAUAUAGAGGAAGCAAAGAAGGAAAUAGUUUCUGCUUCUGAGGAUGAUGUAAAGAAAGCAGCACUUUCUGCAUUCAGUAAAGAAGCAACAAAAGAAGUUCCUUUAAACAUUAAGGAAGAAGCAAAGAAGGAAGCAUCCCAAGGCAAAAAGAAGGGUUCUAAGGAUGAAGCCAAAAAAAAAGCAGCUGCUGCUUCUAAGAAUACUGAUAAAAAGAAUGCAUCCUCCAAAGAAAUGGAACAUGCGUCAGCUGCUGAAGAUGUAAAGAAAAAGGCGACUCAAGCACAUGGUAAGGAAGCCAAGAAGAAAGCAGCCCACGACAAGGCAGAGGUAAAAAAGGACGAUUCACCUGCCCAAACUGAAGUGGUCAAGCAGGAAGUUCCUUCAGUUCUUCCUGAAGUAGGCAAGGCAGCAGUCACAGCUGAUGAGAAGGCCAAAGAGGAGGCAGUUUCAGUUCCAGCUGAAAUUGUACAAACACCUGUUCAGGAUGAGUCCAAGAAGGAGGCUGUCUCAGAACCAGCUAAAGCAGAACCCAAAAAGGAGAGUGCUGCUAAAGGGCAGUCCAAAAAAGAGCAUGCUUUGGCAAAAGGACAGUCUAAAAAGGAGGCUGCUCAGGCUAAAAAGGAGGCUGCCUCAAGAACUAAGCAAGAGGCAACAGCAAAGAAUGAAUCAAAGGAGGCCACACUCUCACCUGCUAAAAUUGAACCCAAGGAAGCUGCCCCAACACCUGCUAAGGAUAAGGAUGAAUCCAAGAAGGAAACUGCCCCAACACCUGCUAAGGAUGAACCAAAGCAGGAAACUGCCCCAACACCUGCUAAGGAUGAACCAAAGCAGGAAACUGCCCCAACAUCUGCUAAGGAUGAACCCAAGAAGGCAACUGCCCCAACACCUGCUAAGGAUGAACCCAAGAAGGCAACUGCCCCAACACCUGCUAAGGAUGAACCCAAGAAGGCAACUGUCCCAACACCUGCUAAGGAUGAACCCAAGAAGGCAACUGUCCCAACACCUGCUAAGGAUGAACCCAAGAAGGCAACUGCCCCAACACCUGCUAAGGAUGAACCCAAGAAGGAAACUGCCCCAACACCUGCUAAGGAUGAACCCAAGAAGGAAACUGCCCCAACACCUGCUAAGGAUGAACCCAAGAAGGAAACUGCCCCAACACCUGCUAAGGAUGAACCCAAGAAGGAAACUGCCCCAACACCUGCUAAGGAUGAACCAAAGCAGGAAACUGCCCCAACAUCUGCUAAGGAUGAACCCAAAGUGGUUGCUUCAGCUGUAAAGGAAGCAUUGCAAAAUGAGGUAACUGCCCCUGGUAAGGAAGAAGCUAAGGUAGAGACAGCCCCAGUGAAGAAUGACACUGUUCCUGCUGCCCCAGCCACCAUGGAAGAGGCUGCUGCUCCUGCUACCGUCCCAGCUGCUGUGGAGGUUGCUGCUCCUGCUGCUGCCCCAGCCACUCUGGGGGCUACUGCUGCUGUCCCAGCCGUCACAGAGGCUGCUGCUGUCCCUGCUCCUAUCCCUGCUGAUGCUCUUGCCCCUGCUACUGUGGAGGCUCCUGUUGCUGCUUCUGCCACCACUGUUAACUUGGAGGCUGCUGCUGCUGCUGCCUCUUCUGCCCCAGUCACCGUUGAAAAGCCUGCCGUAACAUUGGAGAAGGAAGCAAAGAUUGAGGAGAUUACAGUUGAAGAAAAACCAGUUGUGAAACCAGAUGGAAAGACAGAUAAGCCCAAGGAAGAAAGUAAUGAAAAAUCAAGCAAGAUAGUGGAAGUAGCGCAGUCCGCAGACAAGUCUGCAGAGGAAUAAUGUGCUCGGGUGGUGAUGGCGGCAGCGGCACAGGUUCAGUUUACCUGGAGCUACUCCGUGGUUACUAACCAGCAAACAAGAAUCCUCAGAUAUAAAUGAUAACCCUCUUUUCUGCUGUUGAAGACAAACUAGCUCCUAGAAUUUCUGUAAUUGUCUUGACAGUGGUUAACUCCUGUUCUAGCUGUUAUGUUUCUUGCCCAUUAUUUUUUGUGUAUAUAAAAGAUUGUAUCUCUUUGAUAUUGCAUCAGUGGACCCGUAUUUUCUCUCACCCUAUGCCUCUCGGUAUAUUUAAAAAGGUGGAAAAAAGUUUGUUGAGUGGGCGAUCAUGCAGGAUUUGUAAUGAGCCUUGUAACAUUAAGCCAUUAAAGUAAGAAAGUUU